AACCGAAAUGUGGUUUCUCUAAAAGUUUUGUACUUUUUCAUAAAUUUGACUGAGAAAUAAGCAAAAAAAAAGAUGUUUUUUCUCAAACUCAUCACACAUCGCUCACUCAAAGGCGUCACACCGCUUGUCACAACUUUUCAACGUGGAUUUCGUUUUCAAAUAUCCUGUCUUUACGCACGCACCUUCAACCAUUUCCAAAAUGAUUACGGAAGAAACGUAUUGAUGUCGAUUCCUGCCCCCAACAUGCUCAAAUUGGAAGAACUCUCACCUUUUCUGCAAAAACCGGCGCCCGAACGAGACUCCCUCACACAAAUCCUCGCAUCAAAAGACUGGAAAUCGUGUUCGCCGCAAGAACUUUACGCUGGAUUGGAAUCCGUUGCUACUUAUUGUCGCGAAUACGACUUACAAAUCUCUGAAUCGUGCUUCGAUGAGAUUAUCGAUGCCUUUGCGGAUCGUCGCCAUGAGUUCAGUGACGAAAUAUUGUUGGAUUUGUUGAAACUUUUGAUGAUUUUGCCGACGACGCCGAGUAAAAACACGAGAAAUUAUUGGGAUUUGUGGCUCGCGAUUGAAGAUGUGUGUUUGGCGCGUGUCCGUAGUUGGGAUUUGGGCAAAAGAUUGCUUUACGUGGACCAUUUUCAUUCAUUAGGUUUGGGAAAAACGUCGAAAUUGACACAUAAUGUGGUUAUGCGGAUGGGCAGAAAUAUUCCAAAGUUGCCAAAAGAUUUAUUUUUGCAACUUUUGUUCUUUUUGAAUGUCACACGAGAUCCCAUCGAUGAGAUGAUUGACAUCGAGAAGAAUUGGAUUCAUUCGAUGGAUGACAUGACAAUUGAAGAAGUGGGAGUUGUGUGCACGGGAUUGUUCAAAACGAAAACCAGAAUUCGCGAUAUUCGAGUUUUGAAGAAGUUGUAUGCGAAAUUACAUCGACAUUUGGAUACAGUUGAUAGCAUGACGUUAUCCAAUAUUCUGAAGCAACUCGAAUACUCAACCAAAGCAAAAGAAACCUAUCUCGUUAUCGAGCUCCUUGACGCCCUCACGCCUCACAUCCAUCGUUUCCAUCUCGUAAGUUGUCUUCACAUCGGGACUCUUGGCACAGAUAUGCAACAAUGUCACGAACCUUCCUUAAAACUCGUCAUCCAACGUUUUUACAACGAAUUCGAAAACGCUCGUUUGAAGGAUUUGGAACGAAUUGCUUUCAUAAUCGGCUUAUUUGACUUCAAAAUGCCCGACGGCUUGGAGCGAAAAUUAAUGGAAAAAAUUGUGAACGAACUCGACAAUCGCGUAGAUGAAGUCGCCAGGUAUCCGAGCGUUUUUAUCAAUCUCGUGCAUUAUUUGUCGAUAAUUGAUCCAACUUUUGUCACGCCAGACAUGAUCUCGCUCAGUCUCAAUCCAGAUUUCCUUAUCAAGGCAUUCGGCAAAAAUAGCUUCAAUCUCGGAAGUUCCGCUGUAUCUCUCGAUAGUUUCGCGGAAAUUUAUUACGGAGAUGCGUACAAAGGAAAUCGCAUGUCGAAACAGAGGAAAAAUUUCAUUUGCGGCGUCACGUUAGAUUACGAGCCGUAUCGCGAAAAACGAGAUAAACUCACGCACGGCAAUAAAAUGUUGCUUGAAAUCGUCGAGGGAUGCGAAGAAGUCUUUGGAUUUGCGAAAAUGUUUAGUCCCUUGCCGCAUUUUCAGCGAUUGGAUGUCAUUUUAGCAGUAGAUAGCGAUACAAAAAAAGCCAUUGACAUCAGACAUAAUUUUCCGGAGAAAAUGAACUCGACGAUUUUGACGCGAGAUAUUUUGUUGCAAGGCGUUAAGGAGAAAGACAGAACAAAAUUGUUCGCUUUGGUUAUAGCGGGACACAAUAAUGUGUUGAGAGGCACAGAUAAAGUGACGGGAUAUGUUAGGACGAAAGUUUGGCAAUUGGAAAAACGUGGAUUUGAAGUUUUGGUGAUCAAUUGGAGGUAUUGGCCAACAGAUUUGAGGAAGCAAAAAGAAUAUUUGAAGCAAGUUGUAGAGCAAAAGUUAGGAAAUUAAGUACAAAAAAUAAUAAAUUUUGAUAUUGAAAGAGU